CCAAAUGGUUCAUGAAGGUGUGUGGACCCCUUUUCUAUCUCCUUGCUCCACCCUUAUCCCAUAGAACGAUCCUCCUCACAAACAAGGAAAUCUCCGCACAGAUCUCCAACCAUUACAUCACUUCCAUCUUCUUCUUCCUCUUCCUUCUUCUUCACAUCAUAUAGGCAAUGGAAUCAUGGUAGGAAGUUUAGGUCUCCACCAACACCUCGCAUCGCCAUACCAUCACAAUUAUCUCAAAGACCAGAAUCCAUUAAUACAACCACCAUGCCUUGUUCCCCUUCACCAAGUCAAAACCAUGGAAGACUUCAGAAAAGCUCAUGCACAGUUCUUAAAGCUCGGCCUUGACUGCAUUCCUCCAUACGCCGGAGAGCUCCUCUCAGCUUGUGCUCUGUCCGCUUGGGGCAGCCUUGACUAUGCUCUUGCAAUCUUCCUCAACCUUGAAGAACCCUGUACAUUUGACUACAAUGUCAUAAUCAGAGCUAAAGUCAACCAUGAUCAAUCAAAGUCAGCUCUGCAACUGUACAAAGAGAUGAUAGAAAGAUCUAUCAAUCCAGAUAACUUUACUUUUCCAUUUGUUCUCAAGGCUUGCGCUUUACUCUCUGACAUCAGAGGAGGAAUUCAGUUGCAUGGUCAUGCAAUCAAGCUUGGAUUUGAUGAAGAUGUGUUCAUACAUAACAGUUUGAUUAAUUUGUAUGGAAAAUGCAGGAAGAUUGAGCUCAGUUACAAAAUUUUUGAGUUAAUGGGAUCAAACAGGACUAUUGCUUCCUGGAGCUCCCUUCUUUCAGCUUACAAUAGAAUGAAUUUCUGCGUUGAUUGCCUUCAUCUAUUUGCUAAAAUAAGCUGUGAGAAACUGAAGCCUGAUGAAACCUCCAUGGUUGCAGCUCUGUCCUCAUGCUCAAAUUUGGGCUUGCUCGGUCUCGGCCGAAGCUUACAUUGCUCAUUGCUUAGGAAUUACCCAACUUUGAACAUAAUCAUACAGACUUCACUGAUCGAUAUGUAUAUGAAAUGUGGACAAUUAGAUAAAGGAAUGUUGAUUUUUGAUAAAUUGCAUGAGAAGAACUUAUGGACUUACAGUGCUGUAAUCUCAGGCUUGGCAAUGCAUAAUAAUUGCAGAAAGGCCUUGCAGGUGUUCUCAGACAUGUUAAAAGAAGACCUUAAACCUGAUGAAGCUAUAUAUGUUAAUGUGCUCAGUGCAUGUAGUCAUGCUAUGAUGGUGGAGGAAGGCCUCAAAUGUUUCAAUCAAAUGAGAUUUGAUCAUCAAAUAAAGCCUAAUGCCCAGCAUUAUGGAUGCCUGGUGGACCUCAUGAUCGGCGCCGGGAGAUUGGAUGAGGCCUAUGAACAGAUCCAAAACAUGCCGAUCGAGCCUACCGAUGCGGCCUGGAGAAGCAUUCUGAGUGCUUCUAAGAUCAAUGGAGAUAUUGAACUAGCAGAAAGUGCUUACAGAAAGUUGAAGAAGAUGGAAGCUGUUAAUGCCGGGGACUGUGUGAUUUUAUCAAACAUGUAUGCAGAGUUGCAGAGAUGGGAAGAUGCAGCUGAAGCUCGAAAGGAAAUAGUGAACCGAGGUCUGGUACAGGCUCCGGGAUUCAGCCAGGUGGAGGUGAAAGGGAAGAUCUUUACAUUUGUUUCACAAGAUAAAUCAUUUCCUCAGAGUGAUGAAGUGCAGGAGAUGCUUUAUCAGAUGGAUUGGCAGCUUAGAUUUGAGGGAUAUAAAGCUGAUAACUUGAGAAGUUCUGAAGGUCAGAGUCAGAAAAUUGCCAUUGCUUUUGCUAUGAUGAACACAAGCUCAGUCUCCACUAUAAGAAUCUUUACAAACCUCAGAAUGUGCAGUGAGUGCCAUGAAUAUACUGAAUGGAUAUCGAAGGUUUUUGAGAGGGACAUUAUUGUCAGGGAUAGACGCCGGUUUCAUCAUUUUAGACUGGGAUUUUGUUCUUGUGAUAAUUGCUGGUGAAUUAUGGGUAAGGAUAUUCUAACAUAUUGUGAUGAGGAUGAAUUUUUUGUCUUUGAGUUAGCUUUGAAAUUAAUGAAAUUCAAGUUAAAAUCAAAAUUUGAAUUUCACUUAUUUUAAAGUUAAUUUAAUGACUAUUGUUAUGUGCUCUAAGAUUGGAGAGAUUAUUUUGUGCGGAGAUCGGAAUGCUCCAUGUCAGUAGUACUGAGCC